CGAUGGCAAACCGCAUCACAUUCAGUUGCUCGUAUAUCGAACAACAUCAACCGUCUUCUCUUCGCAGUGGAAAUUUGAUAGCGAUCCCCACAACAGUAAAGAAACAAAAACAGUGCCAUCCAGUAAAAAUCAACAUGUUGAGGAAUAUCUUAUUGUUGUGCAUCGUUGGUUUGGUAGCUAGCAGCGCGGCCCAGGAAUUCGGUGCGCGCAUCGGCAAACGUGUCGGUCGCAUCGGACAGAGCAAUGGAUACUUUUACCCGGUGCCCAAUCCACCAUUUUCGCUGCCAUCACCCGAAGUUGCUGCUACUGUUCGACCAGUUACCACUGCCCGUCCAGUUGCCUUUCCCACCUUUCCAACUGUCGGCCCUUGCCAGGUAGAUCCAAACUGCGUGGGUGCCAAUUGUCGUCCAGUUGGUCCCAACUGCGGACCUGCUCCCACCGUUCCCAUUAGGACCACUGCUCGUCCAGUUGCUACGACUGCUUACACUACUGCUCGUACAACUACUCGCCCAGCCCCUACCGUUGCCUACACUACGGCCCGGCCAACUCUUGGCCCUUGCCAAGUGGAUCCUUUCUGCUUUGGACCUAAUUGUGGACCUGUUGGCCCUAACUGCAAAACGACCACAGUUCCGGUGAGGACCACCACUCGCCCAGCUCCUGUUGUUGCCGUCACCACAGCUCGUACAACCACAACUAGCCGCCCAGUUCCUACAGUUGCCUACACCACGACCCGCCCAACUCUUGGGCCUUGCCAAGUGGACCCCUUCUGUUUUGGCCCUAACUGUGGACCUGUUGGCCCCAACUGCAAAACGACGACAGUUCCAGUGAGGACCACGACUCGUCCAACCACCACUGCGCUACCUUUGGAUUAUCUCCCACCGGUCGUAGCCGUCACCACUAGAGCCCCGACUACCACGACACGCAGGCCCACGGUCACUUUGGGUCCUUGUCAAGUAGAUCCCAACUGUGUGGGUGCCAACUGUCGUCCUCUCGGCCCCAACUGUGGACCGGCUCCUACUGUUCCCAUUAGGACUACCCCUCGCCCAGUAGCUACGACUCCUUACACCACUGCUCGUACCACCACCACCACUCGCGCUACCACUGCCCGUACGACGACCACCACCCGUGCUACCACUACAACCACUGCACGGCCAGUAGUUGUUACUGUUAGAACGACCACUUCGCCUCCUUUGGAUUAUCUUCCACCAGCUCCUACCAAGGCUCCCGUGGUUAAGCCCGUGACUACCACCGGCUACGAUUAUCCGACCCCGGAAAACCCACUUGAUUUCGGACCGAGCAACAACCAAGGCACUGGAGUGAAAUUCCCUACCACCACCACUACCACCACACGACGACCUACCACGACGACCCCUAGGAGACCCAACGUGGAGCCCGUCCUUACCGAAUCGCAAGAGGAAAUCCUCUUCUGGGACUUCCGUGAGUCUAUCGCUGGCGAACCGGAAUUGGACUACCCAAUUUUCUUCAAGAUCCCUGAAACGGCUUUCACGUGUGAAGGCAAACUUAACGGAUAUUACGCCGACGUUGAAGCUCGUUGUCAGGUGUUCCACAUCUGUUCGGUUGGAGCCGAAGGUGGUGCCUUCCAGAACUCCUUCCUGUGUCCUAACGGAACCAUUUUCAGCCAGGAAAGCUUCGCCUGCUUGUGGUGGCACGACGUUGAGUGUGCUACCAGUCAGCAGUUCUUCAACUUGAACGCCAAUAUCGGCAUCGUCCCCGAAUCGGCUGGUAAAGUAACAACCGGUGCUGCAUCUUCCGCUUCAGGUAUCCAAAUUUCUGCCAGCGCUGGAGCGUCAUCCUCAUCAUCGGGCGGACGAGGCGUUUCGGCGGCCGCUUCUGCCAGUUCGGCCACGUUUGCCGCUGGCAACAAGCAAGCCCAGAUCAAAGGUGGUUCCUCCCACAGCGCAAACAGUUACUAAACGAAUGAAAACGAGCGACCUGGAAAAACGAAGAAAAGACACAAGUGGUUUUUUGUAAAUUAGAAAUCCUGCCGUUUUUUGGCCUACCAUGUUCCGUUUGUAUACCCGACAAUCCAUUCGGUCAUCAUCCGCUAUGCUGUAAAAUCUCGCAAUUGACGUUUAGAACAAUUUGUUUUUGUUUUUGUUUUGAUUUGAAGAUCUUCAAAAUUUCCAUGUGUCGGUUUGCAACUACAAAUUGCAAUGAUGUUGUAGAUGUAUCGGUUCCACCAACCCGAUCGGAUUCCCCACUGGCGCCAUUACUUAUAUACGUCAAUCUGAAAAUAAAUCAAUCUAAAGGUUUA